GUCCUCAAUUAUUUGUGAUAAAUAUCUGUAGCUACAAGACAAGAAGAAAAGCUAUGGCUGGUAUGCUUCCCGGAGUUGAGUGCGCAAGGAGACGGCGCUUCCACGGCGGUGCUCCACCGAUUGACUUAUCCAACACGGCUUCAGUCGCGGUAGAACCAGGACGGGUCUGGACUCGGCGACCAUCGUUCUCGCUCUACACUACCAAUCAUGACCAAGCCUAUGUCUCCUUCUCGGAGGGAAAUGUUAGGAACAAAUCGUACGGUGAUAAUAACGAUGAGAAGCUCGUCGUAGCAGCCAAAGAGGCUAAGGAGAGGAUGGACUAUUGAGAAGAAGAAGAAACAUGGAUUUCAUCUGCAGAAACCCAUCCACAUAAAUCCAUCUGCAGAAACUCAUCCAUAGGAAUUCAUCCACAAAAACCCAUCUGCAGAAAUCCAUUCACAUGAACUUAUCCAACACGACUUUGGAGGAAAAAAAACCAUUUGAAUUUUGAAUUAAAAGAACUGUUGGAGACUUGUCACAUCAGACUCAAUUGUUAGAUUAUUUUUCUGUAAAAUCUCUCUAUAUGUACUUAGCUGUAGACACAAGAGAAGUUUAAGGGAAUAAAAUUAUCCUUCUUUA